GCUCAUUUGAGUUUGAAAUGAGACAGUUGAGUUGAUUGAGUUGUACAGUUGUUCGGUCUCGGCAGCGGGCCGGAUGGAUCUGUAAGGGAUGCUAGUCCUCGUGCGGUACUAGCUCAGCCCUACUGGAGUUUCUCCUCGUGCGCCGUGCGAUGAGAGCUUGGGUGAAUAAUGACGCGCUAGACAUCCAUUCGGGAUACCUCCACCCAACUGCAAAAUUCAACUCGAACUUCAAGGAAAACAACCACAGUCCUACCCCCUAUCAAUCGCACCAGACACCCCGAUCACACUCUCUAGUCUCCGACGCACAUGGGUGCCUCCGCCUCCAAAGCUGCCAAAGGCGCUGGCUCAGCAGCCCGCCAAUAUCCCACACGCAUUCCCAGCACAGCAACACAGACAAGUCGAAGUAGUCCUCCACCAUUAGCUUCAGCAGCCCAACCUCAGACGCAAGCCCAGACGCGCCCUUCACCAGCCCCUCCCAUCCACUCCCAACAACCAGAACCCGUGCCCCAAGACUCCAACCCUUCCCUCUCCGCGCGUCUCCGCGAUAUCGGCCCUGUACGCCCCACCGAAUCCUAUGCCUCGCCAUCCUCCGACAUCUACAACAGCGCGCCUCAGUACCCCUCGCCAUACCCGACGCCCGCGUCGAAUCCCGCGCUGAUCGUGCUCGCGGCCCGGAAGCGCUUCCAGGAGAUUGCAGAUCAAGAACAUGAGGAUGUUGGGAGGAAGGGGUUUGCGGGCAGGACGCUGUUGGAUGCCGAGACGAUACGGCAGGUGUUGGUGUUGAGAGGAGCAGGGAAGCGAGAGAGCGAUAUUGAGACGCUGUUGGGGUUGAAGAAGGGGGUUAUGGGAAGGCUGGGGGCAGAGGGACUUGUGGGUGUUUCGGGGCCGACUGGGGGCGCGAUUGAAAAGACGGCAUAGGGGACUCGUCGGGAUUGGGAGGAGUCAGGACGGAGGCCUGAAUUGGUCGUGAAAAGUGUGUAUAUUUGGCGAAGGAGAGCUGGUAGACAUGCCCCCUGUAUGACUAUGUAUAUGUAUAUAUAUGUACAACAUCCGACAUGAGAAGAUACAUGUCGCAUAUUU